AUGGGUGGUGGAAGUUCAAAGGAAAAGAGUUGGAGGCAGACUUCAUCAAUUCGUUCAAGCUCAUCUUCAUGGGAUUAUCCGCAAACACCCUAUUAUGGUCAAGAAAGUUCAGGUUAUGCACCCCAGCAACAUCCCCCACCUCAAGACUACUUACCCCAGCAAUAUCCCCCACCUCAAGACUAUGGUGCUAAUACAAGGACGCUGGAGAGGAGGUAUUCAAAGAUUGCAGAUAGUUACAACUCCUUAGAAGAGGUAACUGAGGCUCUCGCACGUGCUGGUCUCGAGUCUUCAAAUCUAAUUGUAGGAAUUGACUUCACAAAGAGCAAUGAAUGGACAGGUGCAAAGUCAUUCAAUAAACGAAGCUUGCAUCAAAUUGGAGAUUUCUUAAAUCCCUAUCAGCAAGCAAUAUCGAUCAUUGGGAAAACCUUGGCUGCUUUUGAUGAGGAUAACUUGAUCCCCUGUUAUGGAUUUGGAGAUGCUUCAACACAUGAUCAAGAUGUCUUCAGUUUCUAUCCAGAUGAUAGAUUUUGUCAUGGAUUUGAAGAAGUCUUGAGUCGUUACCGGGAAAUAGUGCCUCAUCUGCGACUUGCAGGACCAACAUCUUUUGCUCCUAUCAUUGAAAUGGCCAUGACUAUUGUUGAAAAGAGUGCUGGUCAAUACCAUGUACUAUUGAUUAUUGCGGAUGGACAGGUGACAAGGAGUGUAGAUACCGAGCGUGGCCAGCUGAGCCCGCAAGAGAAAAGGACCGUUGAUGCUAUUGUACAAGCAAGCAAGCUUCCGCUCUCAAUUAUAUUAGUUGGGGUUGGAGAUGGGCCCUGGGACAUGAUGAAGGAAUUUGAUGAUAAUAUCCCUGCUCGAGACUUUGAUAAUUUCCAAUUCGUGAAUUUUACGGAAAUUAUGUCUAAGAAUAUGAACCAAUUGCGGAAGGAGACUGAGUUUGCCCUUGCUGCUUUGAUGGAAAUUCCUUCACAGUACAAGGCAACAAUAGAGCACAAUAUCCUGGGUAGGCAGAACAGAAAUGUUUCUGAGAGGAUUUCUCUCCCUCCACCUGUAUAUGGCGAAGCAUCUUUCAGCAGCUCAAAACCUUCUUAUUCUACGAGUUUUGUUAAGCCUAGUGUGCCACCUUAUCAAGAAGACAGUCGGCCUGCAAGCUCAGCGCCACCUGCUAUGGCUUCAACUUAUGAUAGCCAGGAUUGCCCUAUUUGCCUUACGAACUCCAAGGAUAUGGCCUUUGGUUGUGGGCAUCAGACGUGUUGUGAAUGUGCAGAAGACCUUGAGUCAUGUCCGAUCUGUCGAAGUGCUAUACAGAUUAGAAUAAAACUUUACUAAGCCCCGUCACCACCUUAUGCAUGAAUUUUUUCUCUGGUGCCCCAAAGUUAUUUGUAAUUCGUUGUUACAAUGGUGGAGAUGCAGAGAUGUGGUCAUCUCCUGUGUAGAUUUUCUAGUUGGUGGUUCUUUUAUUCUUUUUUUGAGUAUUUUAGAAGAUGUCUCUUCAAUUGUUCCUUCUCAGCACAACAAUGGUAAUAUAGAUAAAUGGUUGUUGGACUUCAAGUUUUGUAUAUAUUGGCUUCAGAAUUAGAUGUUUUGA